AUGGCAAGCACCCCUACAGAACACCCCACCACCACGGCGACAUUGCCUUCUCGCCAAAAACCAAUUCCCUACUCCUUCGCAGACGGGCAGCGCACUCAGCUCUCCUCCAUUCUCCCACCCCUUGUCUUUGGCACCGCGACCUUCAACCACCAAUACAAUGACGACCCAUUCGCCAUGGAUACAACAGGGCUGGUGACCUCAGCCCUCACACACGGCAUCCGCGCCUUCGACACAUCGCCCUACUACGGUCCGUCUGAGGAGCUGCUCGGCAACGCGCUUGCGGCCCCUUUUGUGCGUGAAACCUUCCCGCGAGACUCGUACAUGAUCCUGACCAAGGUUGGGCGGAUACGUGGAUCCGAGUUUGACUAUAGCAAAGAAUGGGUUCGACAGAGUGUAAGGCGGAGUUUGGAGAGGUUGCACACCAAAUACCUCGACCUGGUGUACUGCCACGACGUCGAGUUUGUGAGCCCUGCCGAGGUCCUCGAGGCCGUGCGUGAGCUGCGGCGCAUACGAGACGAAGAGGGCACAGUCCGGUACAUUGGUAUCUCUGGAUACCCGCUCGAUGUGCUGGGCGACAUGGCCGAGAUGGUUCUGCGUGAGACAGGCGAGCCGCUGAACGCGGUGCAAUCGUACGCCAACUUCACGCUCCAGAACCAGACUCUUGCUGGACCCCGCGGUAUCCAGCGUCUCCGCAACGCCGGCGUCGAUGUUGUCCCCAACGCGUCGAUUCUGGGCAUGGGUCUGCUGCGCCGGCAGGGUGUGCCGUGUGGUGCGCUCGGUGACUGGCAUCCCGCCCCUUCGACGCUGCGCACUGCAGUCCGCAACGCGAGUGACUUCUGCGACUCGUACGGCGAGAGGUUGGAAGUCAUCGCCAUCCGUUUUGCGCUAGAGACGUGGAUCUCUGCGGGUGCGCUGUGCGGCUCCCAGGGCGAUCCAGCCUCCGGCGUGCCCUGGCAACACGAAUCCAACGACGAUGUCGGCGGCACAAAACUCGGUGUGAGCGUCAUUGGUGUGUCGCGCGCACCUGAGCUCGAGAAGACCAUGUUGGUCUGGCGCUCGAUUCUCGAUGGGCUCGAGGGGGGCGAAGAGACGGCCGUCCAGGCUGGACGGUGGAGCAGAGCUUGGGAGUGGUCGCGGAACAGGAGACAGGCUGUGCAGAUCCUGGCCGAGGGGAUCCAGGAGAUGCUUGGCGAUGGUUUUGGCUUCGCGUGGGCCAGCCCUGACCCAGGAUACGUGAACCAGAGAGUGAAGACCCCCAAGGUCACGGACGAGAACGAUACGCCCUGGCUCACGCCGGCAGCGAGUCCUGAGGCUAAGCCUGUCCAGGGCGGAGCAGAGGUUCCUGAGGAGAAGAGUCUGCCGCUGCGGUGA